AAUAUCUCACAAAAAUAAGAAACAUGGGAGUAAUUUAUAUGAAAGUUCAAGAAAUAAUAAUAUUAAUAAUAAAUAAUAAAUAAAGAAAAAGAAAAAGAGCACCACAAAUUGAAAAGCCACAUCAUCGCAUAGGUCAGCAAAAUAGAAAAGGAUCCUCGGACUUUAUCUGACCAUUGGAUUGACAAUCAUAUUGGCCAAUUAAAUUUGGUUACGACAUUUAAUUCUAAUAUUUCCCUCCCUUAUAUAAAGCCAUGUGACACACCAUGAAUCUACACAAUAAGAUGUACGACUUCAACUUGAACAAAGAAUAACCUAUCAAAUAAAUCAGUACCUAAAGAAAAAAAAAACAGUAGAGAGAAAAUGGGAAGUGAAAUGGAAGAGAAAUCAGUGAUUAAGGUCGUUGCUCUUUGUGGCUCUCUUCGUAAAGCUUCUGCCAAUCGGGGCAUCAUCCGUGCAGCAAUGAAGAUGUGCUCAGAGUCAGCAAUACAAGGAAUGGAAAUGGAAGAAAUAGACAUAUCGAAAUUGCCAAUGUUGAAUGUUGACCUUGAGGUGAAUGGCACUUACCCACCAUUGGUUGAAGAGUUUAGAAGCAAGAUUCGUGAAGCUGAUGCUGUGUUUUUUGCUACUCCUGAUUAUAAUUACUCUGUCACACCAAUUAUUAAAAAUGCACUAGAUUGGGCAUCAAGACCACCAAACGCUUGGGCGGACAAGCCAGCAGCAGUAGCCAGUAUACAAGCCAGUAGCAGAAGUGGGCAAUAUCAUCUUCGCCAAAUCGGAGUUUUCCUUGACAUUCAUUUCAUCAACAAGCCUGAAUUCUUUGUGAAUUCUGUUUUACCUCCUAAGAAAUUUGAUGAUAAUGGUGACUUGAUUGAUGAAGAUCUCAGGCAAAGGUUGCUGGAAAUGCUCCUUGCAUUGAAGGCAUUUACACUCCGCCUUAUCAAAGGCAAAUCUCAAUAGCGUUUUAGAAGAUUUCAAAUGGGUCGUUCUGAUCAAGUUUAGUUCAAUUCGGCUUGAGUUAGAGAUUGUUUGAAGAUAACCAAGUUUACUUUCAGUUACCUUAUUAUGGUUAAUGAAUCAGUAUCGAUCUAAUUCUGCUUAAUUAAGAUUGUUGGCAUGCUGCUUGGGCUGGAAUGAAGCUGCUUCUUUGCUGGUUAUGAGCUGGGUCAGGGCUGUGUUGCUGCUAUGGGGUUCUGGGUGGUGCUGAUGGUUGGCAGGAAGCUGCUGCUGUCUGCUGCUGGCUUGCAGGUUGCUGGAGCUUUAGCUGCUGUUGGUCUGGCCUGCUGCUGCUGCCCAUCUCUUUGCUUUGAUGGUGUUUUGCUAAGUUUUUUUUUUUUGAUGUCUCUUGCCAUUCUGGCUUUGUAUGGGUUUUUUUUGUCCUAGCCCCCUAGGGAACCCUUCCUAGAAGGUGGCCUUGGGUGAGACUAGGGAAGCCCGGUUUUGGUUAGUAGCUUCGGUCUCCCAUGGUCUGUUCCUGGAAGGUGGCUUGGGUUCCGUUGCUACUAGGUGUUUGUGUUGCCUUUAGUCUGUUGGUAUUUUUGGUGUUUUGGCCAAAGGGCUUUGUUAUAUUUCUUCGUGCUACUGCUUCUUUGGGCAGUAACCCCUUUUUUGGAAAUAAUAUUUACUAUUUACCA